GAUAAACUAGAUUUAAAAAGUUCACAAGCGUUAACAGUCUACGCGUUAAAUUAAAUCAAAAUGUAAAUUUAUUUAUUGAUGUUGGAUCAUAUACCUGUCUUAUAUAAAUAUUGUAUUGAAAAACCACUAUGUCCGGCUUGAUGACCAAUAAGCUUGAUCAUUUGUUUAAAGCACUAACAGAAAAUGCGCCGAUAACAAAGGAUUUAAUUGCAGAAGCCAAACAGGAAUACACAAAAUUAAGGCUUUCAGCACAAAACGGCGAAAAGCUAAAACAUAGUUCAUCGGCAAAAUCUCCGAAAAUAACAGAUGGGCGAAAUAUAUGUCCCAACUGUCAGGAGCCUAUAACAUCACAUCAUGAUCUUUUAUCAGAAAUCAGACAACUACAGACGGAGCUAAAUCUUAAGUCACAAAUGUGUGUUGAUUUACAAGAACAAAUAAGGCAUCGUCAAAUUGAACAGAACAUACACAGUGAACAAUCUAAAUUUGCCGAUUUAAAUGAUCCAAAUCGUGCAUUAAAAGUGGGAGAAAUGUACUCGCAGUUGUACGACAAUCAGUGGAUGGAGGCUUAUCAAUACUUAGAUAACAUAAUGAACCUACGAGAAGACAAGAUAUUGGAGAUAUUACAGAGAAUAAUCAGGGGAGCAUAUGUGUUUUGUGAGGAUAUAGCCAAAACUCAGUUGUUAAAUCUUGGUGGGGAAAUAAGCUGUCCGCUCUCAACGUGGACCGAGAACAAACGGAUACAAAUGCUUGAAAAUGGAGUAGAUGUUUCCGGUAAAUUGGCAGAACUAACAAAAACAUACAGAAAAACAUCGUCAACAGAAUGUGUUCCAAAUUUACAGAAGUCUUUUUCGGAUGUCAUUUUACCAACUUUCUUCGAAGGCAAAGAAUAUAGAAACGAACAUGUGGUAAGAUAUGCUGAAAGAUGUAUAGCUGUCACGUGGUAUAUGACGUUGCAAGAUCCUCCUUUGUUCUUACUGUCAAAAAUUAUCAGAAAAGCGGACUUCGAUUCAGAUUUAUUCCGUCCAUAUACAAAAUCAGGCGAUAAAUAUGACUUUUUGGUGUGGCCUUCAUUAGUACUUCACGAGAACGGUCCAGUUGUUGUGAAAGGCGUGGCGCAACCAUUAGAUAGUGCUAUUUCUCCUUUGUCACUUAGAAGUCAGAAAACACCGGUCACGACAACAAGAAAUGUUCCAGUGAAAAGGGUUGACAGUAACAAUCCAGCCCUGAAAGGUACCCCAUGGGGAUCACAAGAUUUCAACAAUGAUCCAAACGCACCUUCUCCAUCAAUUGAUCUUCCACAAACUCCUGUGUCGGUUCAUACUCCAAGAGAUGAAACAAAAGAAACUCCAAAGGAUGCACCUAUAAUCACUUAUCCCUCAACUCCAAGAAAAACAGAUAAAGAGAUCUUAACAGCAACAUGGAAACAAAACACCAAUAAGUCUGGAAAUUAAGCAUCUUAACAGCAACAUGGAAACAAGACACCAAUAAGUCUGGAAAUUAAACAAUCUUCACAGCAACAUGGAAACAAGACACCAAUAAGUUUGGAAAUUAAACAAACGUUUAUUUUGCUUGUAUACACUAAAGUUAAUAUAGGUCUUAUCGAACAAACAUAAUCGGUAAUAAAGUAUAAAAUAUUGAUUCCAGUCAUUUAAGAAAAAGUAGUAGGACCAAUUUCCCCUGAAUUCUAUUCACACCAGGGCAAUUCUCACAGUUUUUCAAUCUUGACUUUAAUUUACUGAACCACAACUCCGUGUGUACUUUGGAGGUAUAACAAAGUUAACUCGCCAACUUAGUAUAUGUAAGAGAAUGAUAAUCCCUUUCUUCAUGAAUAAGUACGAGCGUUAGCGAGUACUUAUCAUGAAGUAAGGGAUUGUCAUUCUCUUACAAACUUAGAAUAUUGUAAAGUGCUCAAGGCUUAAAUGAUCUAUUCAAGAAUUAGUUUCAUUGUCAGUGCAAUGUUUAUAAUUGAUGCAUGACUUCCUUUUUCGGCAUGUCAUUUAUGGAUAAGUUUAAGUGAUGUGAGGACUUUCUUAUCAUUUGGGAAAUAUUAAAAAAAAAAUGCGUUAAUAGAUAUUAGGUGACACAACAGUAGAAAGAAAAGGUAUGAAUUGUAUGUUUCCUGAUUGUGAGUAUGAAUGCAAAUCAUGUAAUAUUUUAGUGAGGAAUUAUCCUGUUUUAUUUACAGUUUAAAUCAAUUAAUACAUUAGAGUUACAACUAAAUUUUAUUUCACAGCCAAUAAUUUGGUCCGGCUUUUUACAUCAAAUACUGUUUCAUUAUGUCAGGGAAAUGCUCAAAAAUAAUGCCCUUAAAAGUUUUUAAUAUGUUUAAAAUUUAAUUCCUGUUUUUUAUCGGAAUAAUUGUAUUGGAAAUAACUAUUCUCCCCAACCGCUGAUCAAGUAAUCAAAGUUUUGGAAAGCUAAAGAUUUAGGUUAUUUUUUUAUCUGAAAGACUUUUUUUCUUUUUUUUUUGCAUUGCUUUGGUAAUGUUAAAUUUUAUAGUAAUUUGAAGUUAUUAAUAUUUUCAUAAUAAAAUUCACGGUACCAAUUUUACUGCACCAGUAAACUUCAACUUAUUUUGAGAUUUUUGUUUGUUUCACAAUUCAACUUUUAGUCAGUUUCAAUCACUGUGUGAUAAAACCUUUCAAUCUGAUAAAUGUGCUUCGGGGCAGUUGUAACUCAUUUAUAGAAACUCUUUGUUUUGAACUGUAAAAGACCCAAAUAAUAGGAUAAUCCCUUACUAAGAACAUGAUUUACAUUCAUUCUUCACAAUUAAGAGGCAUCCAAUUCUUCAAUUUCAUUGGUCGAGAGUACUUUGCUAUAUUCUAAUAAACGCCUGAAGAUGGCCCCAAACCCAUGCAUCAUCAAAGUGCUGGUAAUAUGCUUUUUGUUCCAAAAACUAGAACUGAAUACUAUAAAUGCUCCUUGUUGAUAUCUGGAAAUAUUUUAUGGAACAAUAUGUCUACAAAUUUAAAACAAUGCAACCCAAUUGAACCUUUUAAAAAUUAUAUACUGAAGAUUAUUUUGUUCAAUUCUUCUAACAGUACAAUUAUAGUUUAUUUUUUGUAUUAGUACUAAUGUUAUUGAACUUUUACUUAAUGUUGUAAUAUAAGUAUAAAAUAGAGGACCUUAUUGUAAAAUAGUCUUUGAACUAAAUGUGUUAUCCUGUUGAAAUAAAGAAAUGAUCAUUA